AUGGCGCCAUCUACGUUGGACUUGUUUAUGCUGACCUUCAAUUGCGCAAAGAACCUCAUCAAUGUUGCCGUCUUUGCAUCACACCUCCGCACCGCCCUCCAGCAAAAUGCCACGGGCUUGCCGGACCUUGUUGUCUUCUCCCUUCAAGAAGUCGCCCCGCUCUCGUACUCAUUCAUCGGCUCCUACUUCCUGAACCCGUACUACGCAGCCUUCGAGGAGGCUCUCAAUCAGGCAGCAUGGGAGCUCGAACCGCCGGCUGCGAACGCUGAUGGCUCAGCAUUACCUACUGCUUUCCCCACGACAUCACAGUCCUCGUCGUUAUGGAGGAGGAAGCAACCGUCCUACCCAUACCAGCUCAUUCGGGCGCACAAUGUCGGCAUGACCGCCAUUAUGCUCUUUGCUAAGACACCGGCCGCGAUACAUCAUAUCAAGGCAGCAGAGUGUGGGUUUGGUGCUGCGGAUAUGGGGAACAAAGGUGCUGUGGGACUGAGAAUCACCUAUGCAGACGCUGGGCUCGACGGUAUCGCGGAGGAAGGUGCUGAGACGAGGACAACCGAACUGACGUUCGUGGCGACGCAUCUGGCGGCUAUGGAGUGGAAUCUACGCCGCCGGAAUGCCAAUUGGAAGAGCAUCGUGUCAGGCUUGACCUUUGGCAAUCCAAAGGCCGUUACCUCUGGUGUGCCGGAUGGUACAGCGGCUGCUGUAGAGGCAACAUUCACAGAGGCUUUUGGGGCUACAGACCUGCCGGAGCCUGAUUCAGACCUCAGCGAUGAUGCAGAGCCGCUGUUGGCCCAAGACCCUGACUCCCUAUCCCUGACAAAAGAACAUAACGAUUCACUAAGGGACAUAUCUAUAUUCCGCCCAGGCGGCUACCUCUUCGUGGGAGGUGAUCUAAACUAUCGGAUCAGCACGACGACGCCGCCUGCACUUGCUCCGUUCCCCAACCUGAACGCAGAGAGCGAGAACUACUGGCCGAACUUCCUGUCACGCGACCAGCUCACCCAAGAGAAGGCCGCUGGCCGCACGCUGCACGGCAUGAGCGAGGCGGACAUCACGUUCCCGCCAACCUACAAGGUUGUCGUGCUGCACCACAUGGACGGCGCCGUCAACGAGGCCGAGCUGGACGAAGCCGAAGCCAACGAGGAGGCACCGGUCCCCUGGCGCUGGGCCUCGCACCGCUGGCCGGGCUGGUGCGAUCGCAUCCUGUACCUGGACCUGCCCGCCUGGGUGAAGCGGCGGUCCGGCCUAGAGAAGAGCGAGGUGGCCGUCAAGGCGUACAACUCGCUGCCAGUGGUGCACACGAGCGACCACCGCCCCGUGUUCCUGCGCGUGCAGGUGCCUAUGCUCAAGCCUGACGAGAUGGGCCUGCCGACAGCGAGCGAGCAGGAGGCGCUGGCGGAGGCGGAGGAGCAAGAUCCUCGGCUGAAGCUGCCGGUGCCGGUCGACAUUGGGGCGUGGGACAGGCGCGCGGUGGCGAGGAGGCGUGAGAUCAUGGUCGGCUGGUCGAUGUUCCUGUGGAGCACGCGCGAGGGUGCCAUGGUGAUUGCCACGACGCUGCUGCUUGGUGUCGGUGCCUGGUGGAUGUAUCAGGGGUUUUGGUGA